AAAAAAAAAAAAAACAAAAAAGACCCAAAAUCGCUGUGCCUCCAAUCCACGACACUCCUUCAUAUAAAUCAAGUCCCACCAACCUAAACUUCAUUUCCUUCAAAUCAAUUGAACAAAACCUCAGAACAUGGCUACUUCCAUCCAAUUCACAGGUCUCAACUCCUCAAGGGUGCUUCCCAUUCCCAACCCAUCUCUCCAUUUCCCCUCAAACAUGCUAAAGUUUGCAUAUUUGAGAACCCCAUCUCCUUCUUCUGUUUCUUGCUCUGUAACCAGAGACCCUUCUUCUGCUUCCUCUGUUGUUUCAUUGGAGGAACAGGCCAAAACCGACAAUGGGUCGGUUCUGCUUCAAAGACCCGAUUCGUUUGGGAGGUUUGGCAAGUUUGGAGGCAAGUAUGUCCCCGAAACUCUGAUGCACGCACUCACUGAGCUUGAGGCUGCCUUUCAUUCCCUCACUGCUCCAUUGGAACUGGUUCGACAUAUCCAGUAUGAGCAGCGAAUGGGUCUGUGUCAACUUUCAUAUCCUUCUCUCCGAAAGCAAGGCGACUAUCAGUAA